AUGUCACAAGCUUCCUUUACUGGCUUUAUUACUAUUCAAGACAUAAGAAAACCAAAAUAUGAUGUAAAUCGUUUGUUAGGUCCUAAUAAUGAUUAGUUUGUGAGAGAUAUAUUACCUAUUAAAAUUUAAAACUUUGAGAUUAAAAGACUUGAAUGGGAUGACUUUUCUGGUGAACCAAAAAAAGAAUCUUUUUGGAUUGCUCAUAGUUAUUGGAGUGUUAGUUAUAAAAUUUCUUCAUAAGAAACAAAUAGAACUUCUUCAAAUUAAAAAUAAUCACAAACAGUUACUAACCCAAAAAUUACAACUAAAAAUUUUAAAGAAUAAUCUUAACAAUUUGGCUUGUCACCAAAGUACUCAAAUUAAAAUAAUUCUCAAUCCUCAGAAAGAAUUAGUGUUAAAUAAUAAUCACCUUAAUUACCCCCUAAAAUACCUCCAUAACAAAUAAAUGCUCAAAAGAAAGUUAAUAGUAGAUUCACAAAUUAAAUACCUACACCAAAUCUUAGAAUAUCAAGUCUUUAAAGAGUAUAAAGAUAAUAAAAAUAGAAAAACCUAACUCCUGAAAAAUCAUAAUCAAGGAGUAAUUCUAAUAAUGUGUUAAAGAAAGAAUAAAUUUCAAAAUAAAAAUUCAAUAUUUAAGUAACUUGCAAACUUUUAGAAAAAUCAUGGACAAAAUCAAAUUAAUACGACGAUUUAUUAGAACAUGAAACUGGACAUUAUUUAAUUGGAUGCUUAUGUGCUCUAGAGUUUAAAAGAUAAGCAGAAUAGAUGGAUUUUAAUAAUAUUGAUGAUCAAAAUUAAGAGAUUAAAUCAUUAUUUAAUACCAAUUUUAAGGCGUUUCUAAAAAUAGAAAAAGAUUAUGAUGAAGAAACUAGUCAUUUUUGUAAUGAGACAAUGCAAAUGAAAUGGAAUAGAAAAAUUAAAGAAUAACUAUUGUUAUAUGAAAUGUAUUUUAAUAAUUGA